AUGGCAUGUGCAUUGGCACCUUGGUCUGUGAACACCCAUCAGGAAUCCCCAUGCGAUAUAGUGACAACGGUAUACAAUUCGUGCCCGAAUACUACGAAUACUACUAUCUCCCCUUCCUCUUCCGAGGAUCCCUUCGUUCCUGUUAGCUCAAAUGCAACCUUGUGCACUUGUUCCUGGGCAAGCUACAAUUUGCUGAGUGCUUGUAUGUAUUGUGCCACGAACUCGCCCUCUUUGGUGAGCUGGGAUACAUGGAUAAAGAACUGUAAUGGAUUGACAUCAACAACAACAUACUUUCCUUGGGAUUCGGGAAUAUGGCUCCCUUCUAACACCUCAAUAAUACCUUAUUAUGCAAGCUACAAUCCUAGUAACUACUCCAAUGGGACAUUUGACAAGUCCAUUGCUACUGAUCUUAGUGAUAUGUCAAAACCCGACUUGAAUGGAUCACCCAUUACUAGCAGUUCAAGUUCGCCCACUUCGGGCCCAUCUUCAGAAAUUCCUGUUGGUCCGAUUGUUGGAGGCGUUGUCGGAGGAAUGGUUCUACUAAUUCUGUUAUGCGGUUUUUGCUUCUUCAUUAUUUUCCGGAAACGCAGAAGAGCAGGGAAAUUCCCGCACAAAAUGACACUUCCUAUAUUGAAUGGUUCACACUUCGCUGUGGCGACCCAAGACUCGACGAUACGCACUCCUCUCGCGCCAUCUGGAUACCCUCAAACAUCAGCUGCCAUGUCCACCUCUUCUUACGCUAUUCGGUCCAAUAAUAUUCCCAACGGUCCUUCAGUAACAAGCCUCCAUUCGCUUCACAUCGCUUCACCCACUUCUGCUGGGCAUGCUAUGCCUAUUUCGCCUUUGGCGCCUCAUAUCGCCCCUGCGUUAUCCGAUGCAGCUGACGUAAUCACUCCAUUCCUUGCCAUCCAACCGUCAAGCCGACCAAGCACCCCAGACAGAAAGAACGCCAACAGUCACGGUGAACCUGCCCAAGAGCGUGCCGUCUCACCGCAAUCUCCAAGAUCACGUAUGAACCCACCCCCUUAUACCCCAUCAUCUCCUACGUCCUCGAGCCAUUCCCGCACUGGGUCUAACUCUUCCAGGAGACUUUCUGUCAUGAGACACUUCAGGCGGGAAAGUGGCUCGGGGGAUACGAGCAUCCAGUCAGUCAUGGGCCAGAGGAAGACGCACUCCCCAAGGAUGCACUCCACAACGAGUGCUGAGAGCGCCAGAAGUGACUCAACUACUGCGAGUGCUGGUGAUAACGGGCGGAAUGUAAGGACUACCCUUGAGCGCACUACAACGACAGCUGCCUCAAACAAUACGUCCGGUAGUGAUGGUGUAUGUCUCGUUGAUAUGGCAAUGGAUAUUCUGUGCAACGACUCCCUGAUGGUGUGGUGGUUCAGAGCGUACCAGCAUAAUCGUUAG